GGCGAGGCGCGCGAUGCUGGCGGCGGCGGCGAGGCUCGCGGCGCUGCGGGGAACCUGCCUGCUCUCCGGCCCGGGCGGCGGGCGGGGCUUGCGGAGCGGCCGCGCGCGCUCAGAUACUGACAAUAUGAAGCCACUGGAGGGUAUAAAAAUUCUGGACAUGACAAGAGUACUGGCGGGACCGUUUGCUACUAUGAAUUUAGGAGAUCUUGGAGCAGAAGUUAUAAAAGUGGAAAGACCAGGAGCUGGCGAUGAUACACGAACUUGGGGACCACCUUUUGUGGGGAGAGAAAGUGCUUAUUUUCUCAGUGUUAAUCGAAAUAAAAAAAGUAUAGCUGUUAAUAUCAAGGAUCCAAAAGGAGUGAAAAUCAUCAAAGAGCUUGCAGCUGUUUGUGAUGUAUUUGUGGAAAACUAUGUCCCUGGCAAACUGUCUGCAGUGGGCCUGGGAUAUGAAGAUAUAGACAAGAUUGCUCCUCACAUCAUCUACUGUUCCAUCACAGGAUAUGGUCAGACAGGUCCACUGUCUCAGCGAGCUGGUUAUGAUACUGUUGCCUCUGCUUUUGGUGGUCUGAUGCAUAUCACAGGGCCUAAGGAUGGCGAUCCAGUUCGUUCAGGAGUGGCCAUGACUGAUCUUGCUACUGGCCUGUAUGCGUAUGGAGCCAUUAUGGCUGGAUUGAUACAAAGAUACAAAACUGGGAAAGGACUGUUCAUUGAUUGUAACCUACUGUCAUCUCAGGUGGCAUGUUUGACUCACAUAGCUGCUAAUUAUCUUAUUGGCCAAAAGGAAGCAGAACGUUGGGGCACAGCUCAUGUCAGCAUUGUUCCUUAUCAGGCUUUUAAAACCAAGGAUGGAUUUCUUGUGGUUGGAGUAGGAAAUAACCAACAGUUUGCUACUGUGUGCAAGAUCUUGAAUUUGCCUGAACUGAUUGAUGACCCCAAGUAUAAAACUAAUCACCUUCGUGUACAGAAUAGAAAGGAGCUUAUCAAAAUACUAUCUGCACGGUUUGAAAAAGAAAUGACCAGCAAGUGGUUAUACCUCUUUGAAGGCAGUGGAGUUGCGUACGGCCCAAUCAACAACAUGAAGGAAGUAUUUGCAGAACCCCAGGUGUUACACAAUGACCUCAUUAUGGAGAUGAAGCAUCCAACCGCGGGGAAGAUAGCAGUCCCAGGCCCAGCUGUGAGAUACAGUAAGUUCAAGAUGUCAGAAGCCAGGCCGCCUCCCCUGCUUGGGCAGCACACGACACACAUCCUGAAGGAGGUCCUCAGAUACGACGACAAGGCCAUUGGGGAGCUGCUCAGCGCUGGAGUGGUGACCCAACAUGAAGCUGAAUGAUGAAAAAUGCUCUUUCUCAAAAACCAUAAUCUGAAUGUACUUUGCUAGCAAAGGCAAUAGUCUUUCUGGACCCUUGCUCCCCAGUUCUGGUGCCUGCCUCUGCAAAGAAAAGUUAGAGUAAUUCCAGAUUUCCUGCCUGGCGCCUCCAGAAUGGCCUUGGUAUCAAUGCAUCUAGAGCUUUCUAACCGUAUCCCACCUUUUGCUCCUUACCAUUCUCCCCCACACACACACCACCACAGAUAAUAGAUUAAUUGUGGAUUUGUGGGAUUUUUUUGUGAAGACUUUUUUUUCCUGGAAAAAUACAUUGCUCAUUCUAAUUACAUUAAUAGCCUAAACGUUUGCCCCUCCACCCGCGCAGGUCUGAAAAAGAGCAGAUCUCUUGACGUUCUCUACUUGCACAUAAAGUCUUCAUUUAAACCUUUGUUAGGAAGUCAAAGCAAUAAGCAGAAUGACAGUUUUAGUGAUUGAUUUUAAACAGAAUAACUUAAUUUUGAGCUCAUGAACCCUUUGUUAAUCUGUAAUUUAAACCAUGGGCUUUGCUGAUGUCCAUUAUAAAACUGAGUUUCAUUCUCCCCAUGGGGGUAAAUAUUGGCUUUAUGUUGUAUUUCUCUGAUUAUUUCAUGAUACAUGGCAGAAAAUCAAUUUCCAUCGAUGCAUUUUGGAGGGUAUGUAUCUAUCUGCAUUCGGGGAUGAAGAGUUCCUCUUUAAUCAGUACCUGAUUUUGAGCCAAGUACAAAUGCAAUAGGUUUUUAAAUGAGUGUUAAAUGACUAUCUAGGUAUUACAUAAUGUUUACAUAAUAGAAGAAUAAAAGGAAAACAUUCCUUUGUAAUCUGAAUGCUCACUGUAGAAGAAUAUAUCAUGCCUUAAUAUUAAGUAUUUGCAUUUAAGUAUUUUAAGUAUUUAAGUAUUUGUCAAAGAACUUAAAGUAUAGAAAAUACUUUCUGUGCAGAAGGUGGCACCUGAUUUGACUCUAUGUUCCAGGACAGAUUGUCACUCAGACUGCCAGUCACCCAAACCCAGGUACAGACCAAGGAAUCAAAUGGCCUCAUGAUCGAUAUCCUGACAUGAUCUAAAUUCAUGACCGUUAGGCACUCGUAUUUGAUAGCCAUGUCAUGACAUACCAAGUGGUAAUUGAAAGUUAAGUUAGAGAUGCUCAUCUUUCAAACUGUGAUUUAUAGCUGGUUUUCCUUUCGUGUUCUUUUUUUUGGGGGGGGGGAUGAUUUGAGCCAUUUAUCCAUGCUAUAAGCCCCAAUAUGUUUCUAGAAUCAAGGAUUCCAAGUAAAUAGGAAAUGUGUCCUCUCACAAGGCCCCGUGGUGUGUCUUAGAAGACUGCCUACUAAUUCCUGGAAGACUUACUGUCCUCCCUGCCUUGCUGUUUGUGAACAUUUUACUCUGAGGCACCCCUGCUGUCAUUCCACAAGUUAGAAUUUCAUCAUACAAGGGUAA